AUGAACAAAAUAAAGAAAAUAGCAAAACAUAGUAAAACUUAUCUGAAAUUAUGUAACCAAGGACCAGAAGGUGAUAAAAAAGAAGAAAUUACCAAAAUUACUGCAUGUUAUCUUGAAUUAAAACAG